AUGAAUCAGACCCCUGCCUCGACGGGGUCGUCACCUCCGGCCAAUGGCCAGGGCGCCGCAGUGCCAGGUUCAUCGCAGUCGGUGUCGGCAGCGCCCACUCAGCCGCCACCGAACGCUGCCUUUGGCAUGCAGUUCCUCUCGGCCUGGUCGGAGUUUUCAAGUGGGUUAUUCAUCAGGGACAGGGAGAAGUUCGAGGAGUAUCGAGAGAUGCAGAAACAAGUAGCAUUGCUUCGAGCGCAAGAUGGAGAGGAUGAUAGCUCUUCGGAAGAGGAGGAAUCUAGCGAGGAUGAGAAUCCUCAAGUUCCGCCGCCUACCAAUCUGGCAUCUCGUAUAGGCCACCGCAACGACUACAAGCAGCAGAUGGAUGCCGCUGAGAACGCGUUUUAUAGCACUCAAAUGCCGACCUUCCCGGACGACCCCUCGACUGGUGGACCACAGCAAGCCUCGGCGGCCCCGCCGGACAUGAUAUCUUUCGACAGCCCUGACGUGUGGGGACCAGCUGCUGCUGGUGUAGCGGUGGCUGGGAUGGCUGCUGCACAGUAUGGGAGCAACGAGGCCCAUGGGGGUCGGCAGGCAGAGGGCAAUGGUGAUAAUGUGAAUCCUUUCGCGAUGGGGACCACGCUUGGGGGAGGCCAGCAGGCUACUGCUGGCAGUGCAUUUGAGGCCUUUGAUGCACUCACACCAGCCGGGGGAGAUCAGACACUCCCACAAGGGUAUAUCCCUCCACCUUUGGGAGUGCAGGGUGUUCCAGCUACUACCACUUCUAGUGUCAUCUCAUCGCAGUCGGCUCCCUAUGGCCAGUACGGCAGUCAGUCGAUGCCUCAACAACAGCAGUGGCCGUCGGACGCCAGUGGGAGCUACUACUAUUACGGCACAGCUACGAGUGCUACGGAUGCCAAAGUGCAGCAGAAAGGGAGCUCCCCUGUCGCUCCAGCUCAUGCGGUGGCAGAACAGAAGCAAUAA